AUUGGCCUCAGAUAGUUGGAAAAUAAUGGGUUACAGGCUCAAGCAAGAAGUCGUUGCCCAGGUCAAAAAGGGAUACAUCAUGGUUGAAGGAGGGGAUAACGGACAGUUCAGGCUGUUUAUCCGGGGGAUCGAUCCGCCGACUCUCAUCCGGAGAUAGACGCGCUAUUUAUAGCACAACACCCUUGAACAUGCAGGCUUAACUUAAUGCAGCAUGCGCAAUAGCAACUCGCCGGAUACACCUGAUGUUCUCCUUCAAGCUAGCCUCCUGCUUUUGUGCUGGGUAUCCCGAGGUUCAUAUGCUGAACCAUAUGCUUAGCUCUCAUUUUCCUCGCAACGUAUAUGUCGUGUGCGAAUAGCUUCGAUCCUUCUAGCACGGUGAGUAUUGGAAGCGAAAAAGCCCCAUAAAUUACCUUUCAAAGAUUACGAUAGCUCUGAGGACGUUUAAAGAUGUCAUACGGUACCCUUGGCAACCUGCACAUGGAGGCUUGGCAUUGCAUGCGGCACACCUGCUUUCACCAAUGUAUUUAAGCCCGUUAGAAUCCAUCGAAAUCCCCAACAGGUGCUUCUGCUCUCCCCAGCCCUGGAUUCAUUCACUUGACUCCAAACGAUUCUUACCGUGUCGAUAUGUUCUGCAAGACAUAUCUCUUUACUGUGGUGCUCGCUCUCUUUGCUUCUGCGAGUCCCCUUGCUGAACAGCGCGGCGAACCCAUUCGCAUUCCCCUCAAGAAGCGCAGCUCCUUGACAAACGAAGAUGGUACUUUCAACGCGGACAAGGCUAUCUUGCACAAUGUCAAGACCCAGAACAAGUUUCGCCAGAACCUGAUCAAUCUUGAGCGCAACAAGGGACGAGAAGCUUUCAACGAGGGUGCUGAGAUCAGACCGCUCGCUCUUAUCCCCGACCGUAUCCGAAAGCGCCAGAAGGAGGCUCUCACCGAUCAGCAGGACGACCUUGAGUGGACCGGCCGAAUCACCAUUGGUUCCAACAACCAGGCGUUCGUCAUCGACUUUGACACUGGCUCUUCCGACCUUUGGGUUCCCAACGCAUCUCAUUGCACCGGAUGCGCUCAGAAGCACACUUACAGCUCUACUUCGUCCUCAACGUCUCAAGCCCAGAAUGGUACUUUCUCUAUUCAGUACGGCGAUGGGUCCACAGUAUCUGGCCCUAUCUUCAAGGACACGGUUACUGUCGCCGGUGUGAAGUCUACCGGACAGACCUUCGCUGCUGUCACAAAGAUGUCUAGCCUCUUUAAUGAUGACGCCCUCGACGGUAUCCUUGGGUUAGCCUUCCAAGACAUUUCCAACCUCAACGCACCACCAUUCUAUCAAAACACCUUUGCAGAAAGCGCUGUUCCCGAAAAUGUCUUCGCUUUCAAACUCGCCGAGUCCGGUUCCGAACUCUUCCUUGGCGGAACUAACAGUGACCUGUACUCUGGCGACAUCGAAUAUCACAGUGUCACUAGCGGUGGAUUCUGGCAGGCAACCGGCGGUAAGGCUAUUGUCGAAGGCAAGACAGCCGUAUCCGGGUUCCAAACCAUUAUCGAUUCCGGUACUACCAUUAUGUAUGGUCCCUCUUCUGCUGUCGAGACGUUCUAUGCUUCGGUACCAGGUUCCAAGUUGUUUGAUUCCGACAAUGGUUUUUAUUCGUACCCUUGUGCCUCCCCUCCUGCAGUUGGUUUCAGUUGGGGCGGUAAGACUUGGACUAUCUCUGCUGAUAACUUCAACCUCGGUCAAACUGAGUCUGGUUCCAUGGCCAGCCAGUGUGUUGGUGCUCUCGCUGGCCAAGACAUCGGUCUUGGAGACAACGUCUGGCUCCUCGGUGACAGCUUUAUGAAGAAUGUCUACACCGCUUUCAACUUUGAUACCAAAUCCGUCGGAUUUGCCACCCUUGCAUGAACAUAGCCGUCCUGCAUCAACUGCUACUUGUAUCGAAACAUACCCCGUUCAGUCUUCAGUUAUUGGCAAACAUUGACUUUCUACCCACUGCAGUCUUGCAUGAUACUUUCCUGGACCUUUCAAUUGCAUUCGGACUGUUAUCUUGCUGUAUUACAUCUACGCGUGAUAAUAUUAUUAAUUCUUAACCUUGC